UCCCCGGAGGAACAAGCGGAAAUGCAAGACAUAACAAGUCCCCAGGAAAUGGAACACGUGGACCACAUUCCUUGUCAAGUGGAGAAGCACCUGGAUUUUAUAGCCUUCAAUAAACAUGGCCAUCUAUUGAUGGGUAGCAGCAGCCUAACAGGACGGUACUGGGGCGGCUCUCUCUGGUAUUAUGAAACAGCAUCGCUCGCUCCGGACGUGGAAAAGUGUACGUCAGGCCACGAAAUAACGUCCGGUCUAGCAGACGGCGUAUAUUUAGAUGAUGAAAGUUCGAUCAUGAUCGGACAGGACACAGGCACAGUUGAAUUCUUAACAAUAGCAAAAACAGAAACCGGGACACAUUUAAGGAGCGUAUGUCAGCUGGAUGAACAUUUAGAUGUCAUACAUUGUGUGAUGGUCACUUGCAAUCGUAAGAAUGCAUUAACAGCAUCAGCUGACAUGAGUAUCAGAUUAUGGGACAGUGAAGGAUACAGAGUAGUGAGACUGUUUUCAGUUGCGCAUUCGCAGCCGGUGACAAGCGUAGCUCCUCAUCCCUCCAACGACCAGAUUUUCCUCUCAACUGGUAUGGAUGGCAAUGUCCUCCUUUGGGAUCUUCGGUGUUUGAGACCAGCAUCAUGUGUGUACCGUGACUGGGAUAGUAAACCAGAAAGUGUUGUGUGGACUCCAGGUCCAGGUAUGGACAAUUAUGUUGUCGGAACUCAAAACGGAGCCCUCUUACUGCGUAGCACGGGCAAUCUGAACGAAAGUCUGUUUUCAUUGAAUGGUUUUGACCGCCCGAUUUUCAGAAUGUCUGAAAACCCAUUUAGGCCCAACUUGAUUGCAGUGUGUGCAGAUGAUAGCAAAGUGUUGGUAGUUGAUGUGCAAGACACACUGAAGACCAGGUAUGAAGAUGACAGACACUCAGACUUUGUCCGUGGUAUGGCAUGGAAGGAUACAGAUACCCUCGCAACUUGUGGGUGGGAUAAGAAAGUAUAUUUUCACUCUCUCUCUUUAUAAAAUUAGGUAUAUUGUAUAGUACGUACCAUUAAAAGGAUCCAAAUUUUGA